AUGGCGUCGGAUGCCAUGGACACGGCCGAAGAUCUGCCACAAGAAGGAGACGGUCUCGUGGAUGUCGCCGUGGAUGGCCAGCUUUUCCGCCGAAGUACUCUCGCGUUGCUAGCGCUAUUUGGCGCCGCGCUGAACGCUGCCGACAUCACCCUAGACGUCACCGCCGCGGAUGCUCCAAACGACUUGGACCCGGCUGUGGUAGCAGCGGUGGCCGAGGCGCUGAAGACAGUGGACGCGCCGCUAUCCGACGAAGGCCUCAACUGUCCGAUCUGCUUGGAGGACGACGACACGGCGUCGUGGAAGGAGACUCCGUGCGGACAUCGGUUCCACGGACGGUGCGUGGAGAAGUGGCUGCAGGCCAAGGGGGGCUGCCCCAUGUGUCGGUGCCAGGUGGUGGCGAUGCCUAUCGUCGCCGCCACGGAUGCUCCAUACCGACACUUCGUUAUCAUUCAAGAAUAUGGCCAGGACGGUACGAACUUCGUUGUCAUGGACAUUGAUGAUGAUGACGAUGACGACGAUAAUGAUGAAGAUGAGGUAGAAGAAGAAUAUGAUGAUGAUGAAAUGGAAGACGAAGGCUGA